AUCUCAGUCUGCUCCUGGUGAAGUUAGAGGGAAGUUGACUGGCAAUAUUACCAAAGGAGAUCAACACGUCAUCCAGCUUUGAGAACUUAUCAUGAUCCUGAAGAUGCUCCCAUUACUCCCGGUGUGGCUCGCCCUCCAUGUCGGCGUGACAUUGGGAGCAGCACACCCCAGAGCCUUGGAACACUCGGGCCCGGCACCGCAACACCUGUCGCCGUUUCAACUGAGUGGCGACCUCUCGGAUCGGCGAGGUCACGGGCGGCCUGUUAACAUUGACCUCUCCGUGUGGAGGAAAGGUCAGACGGAGCUGCAGUGGUACGGCGAGAUCACGGUCGGCACUCCGCCCCAGAAGUUCAAACUCAUCUUCGACACGGCCGCAUCGCUGAUGCUGAUCGCCCACAAAAACUGCACCACCUGCGGCGACCAUCCUCUCUACGACCCGGACCGGUCCAGCACCUUCUCGCCGCUACCCGGAUACAGAGGCGAGGUCACCUUUGGCAGCCCGGGCGGCGGCACCAUCUCGAGCCCGGAGGUGCAAGGGGCCAACUGCACCGUGGUCACCGACACGGUCCGCAUGGCCGGCCGGGGCGCGCCCAGCGAGUUCAUGAUGUGCGACAACUACUCGUCCGGGCUGCGCGACCAGCCGCCCGACGGCAUCUUCGGCCUGAGCUCGACCCCGUACGCCCUUCCCGGCCCGGAGUUCAGCUUCUCCUUCGUCCCGGACCGCCGCCGCGCCGGGGUGCUCACGCUGGGCGGCGUCGACCGGUCGCAGUACGUGCCCGGCACGCUGAGAAAGAUCCCGCUCAACUGGCCCCUGUCCGCGUCGCGGUGGCGGUGGGUGGUGGAUGUGCGCGGGGCCCGGGUGGUGGUGGCGGUCGGCGGCGGCGGCGGCGGCGGCGGCGGAUCCGCGCCGCUCGGCAACUCGACCGAUGCCGUGGCGCUGGUGGACACGGGCGGGGCGACCAUCGUGACGCCGGACCGGGAGACGACGCGGGAGCUGUACGGGCGCAUGUCGGGCGAGAUCCGGCCGCUCGACGACCGCGGCGCCUGGGGCGCCCCCUGCGCGGUGCUGGACCGCGCCGCGCGCGACGUCGUCUUCCGCGUGGGCAGCGCCGACCGGCACGUCGACGCCGCCGUCCGCAGGGAGUUCGUCAACGUCGGCGAGUUCCCCGGCCGCCCGGGCAUCUGCCAGGGCGUCUUCACCGACCCGGAGCGUGUCGCCCGCGAGCCCAUCCGCGGCCGUCCCGCCUGGAUCUUCGGCACCCCCUGGCUCCGGUCCUACUAUACCGUCUGGAACGGCGCCGAUCGCACCCUGGGCUUCGCCACCCCGUCACACAGAAACCGGGACUAAGAUCUGUGGAUGGCAGCGCGAUAGAUUGGCGAUGCCAGCUCAGCUUGCGCCUCGUUGUUUAUAUGCUUUGUUUUCUCUCUCUCUCUCUCUCCCUCCUCUUUUUCACGUUUUUUUUUUUUCAUCAUUCCUUCCUUCGCACAUUUUUUGUCGCGUGGUUCUCUCAGGCAAUUAGUUCGCUCUGUGCCUACCUUUGAUUGUUUGAAGGGGCUAAGGCCUGCUGAUAUUUAAUAGGCACGCGGGGCCAAGGAUUGGUCGCCUGCCCUUUCGGUGUGGCCCUCUUUUGACUCCCACGUGGGCGCUGUCCACUCCGCCUUGAUCAAGCUGCGUGACAAGUGACGGCAGCUGAUCGCAACAACUCAAGCUCAUGGGAAAACGCCUCUUAAAUAUCAUGCCCCUCGGCGGCAUGGUCAGACGCAAUUACUCUCUGAGGAGGGGGUUGUAAUUGGGACUCAGCGGCUCAAAACCCAGUUCGACAAGAAGCUGCGAUGAAUGACACACUCUCAGGUGCAAGUUUUAAAUCCAAGUAUAAUAGGGGUGGACUGCAUCCGAGAAAGAGAAAAUAGAGAAUGCAACGUUUAAACCUCU